AUCCCUCUCCCUCCUCUUCCUCCUCCUCCUCCUCCUCCUCCUCGUCCCUCCUCCCGCCCCUCCCUCCGCGCACGCGCCCCGCGUCGCCCCGGCGGCGGAGCCAAGAUGGCGGCGGUGGUUCAGAAUGUGGUCAAGCUGCUGGGCGAGCAGUACUACCGGGACGCCAUGGAGCAGUGCCACAGCUACAACGCGCGGCUCUGCGCCGAGCGCAGCGUGCGCCUGCCCUUCCUGGACUCGCAGACCGGCGUGGCCCAGAGCAACUGCUACAUCUGGAUGGAGAAACGGCACCGCGGGCCCGGUCUGGCAGCCGGGCAGCUCUACUCGUACCCGGCGCGGCGCUGGCGCAAGAAACGCCGCGCCCACCCCCCGGAGGACCCCCGGCUCUCCUUCCCCUCCAUCAAACCCGAGGCGGAGCAGGCCCUGAAGAAGGAGGGGCUGCUGGCGCAGGACGGGAGCAGCCUGGAGGCGCUGCUCCGGACCGACCCGCUGGAGAAGCGCGCGCUGCCCGACCCGCGCAUGGACGACGACAGCCUGGGCGAGUUCCCGGUCACCAACAGCCGCGCCCGCAAGCGGAUCCUGGAGCCCGACGAUUUCCUGGACGAUCUGGACGACGAGGAUUACGAGGAGGACACGCCCAAGCGGAGAGGGAAGGGCAAGGCCAAGGGAAAAGGCGUCGGGGGGGCUCGGAAGAAGCUGGACGCCGCCAUCCUGGAGGACCGGGACAAGCCCUACGCGUGUGACAACAGUUACAAACAAAAGCAUUCCUUGAAACCUCCCGACCGAGUCUGCGGGAAGCGCUACAAGAACCGCCCGGGGCUCAGCUACCACUACGCGCACUCGCACCUGGCCGAGGAGGAGGGCGACGACAAGGACGACUCGCAGCCCCCCACGCCCGUCUCCCAGCGCUCCGAGGAGCAGAAAUCCAAGAAGGGUCCCGACGGGUUGGCCCUCCCCAACAAUUACUGCGACUUCUGCCUGGGCGACUCCAAGAUCAACAAGAAGACGGGGCAGCCCGAGGAGCUCGUGUCCUGCUCCGACUGCGGCCGCUCCGGCCACCCGUCGUGCCUGCAGUUCACGCCGGUGAUGAUGGCGGCGGUGAAGACGUACCGCUGGCAGUGCAUCGAGUGCAAGUGCUGCAACAUCUGCGGCACCUCCGAGAACGACGACCAGCUGCUGUUCUGUGACGACUGCGACCGUGGGUACCACAUGUACUGCCUGACCCCGCCCAUGUCCGAGCCCCCCGAGGGGAGCUGGAGCUGCCACCUCUGCCUGGACCUGCUCAAGGAGAAGGCGUCCAUUUACCAGAACCAGAACAGCUCCUGAUCCUGCUCUUCCUCCCCAUCCUCCUCCUCCUCCUCCUCGCCGUCCCUCCUCACCCUCCCCCUCGGCCCUGGGGCCUUUCAUUUCCCUUUUUUGGGUCCUUUUUCCUUUUUUCCCUCAUUUUUGGGGGGUCCUUUUUCUUUUAUUCCCCUUUUUUUUAUUUUCUUUUUUUUUUGAUCCUCUCAUUCCUUUUUUUCCCUCUAUUUCCCUUUUCCCCUUCUUUUUUUCCCUUUUUCCACCCUUCCAUUCCCUCCGUUCCACCUCUUUUUUUUUCCUCCCUUUCCCCAAUUUUGGCUCCUUUUUUUCCCAAUUUUGGCUCCUUUUUUCCCCAAUUUUGGCUCAUUUUUUCCCAAUUUUGCCUCCUUUUUUUCCCAAUUUUGGCUCCUUUUUUUCCCAAUUUGCCUCCUUUUUUCCCAAUUUUGGCUCCUUUUUUUUCCCAAUUUUGCCUCCUUUUUUUCCCAAUUUUGCCUCCUUUUUUCCCAAUUUUGGCUCCUUUUUUCCCAAAUUUUGGCUCAUUUUUUUCCCCAUUUUGGCUCCUUUUUUUCCAAUUUUACUCCUUUUUUCCCCAAUUUUGCCUCCUUUUUUUUUCCCAAUUUUGCCUCCUUUUUUUCCCCAUUUUUGCUCCUUUUUUCCCCCAACUUUGGCUCAAUUUUUCCCCAUUUUUGCUCCUUUUUUUCCCAAUUUUGCUCCUUUUUUCCCCAUUUUGUCUCCUUUUUUCCCACUUUUUCCCCUCCUGACAUUUUUUUGGGGUGACCCUCCCCCGGGUGACAUUUGGGGGUGACUUUCAUCCCUUCCCCCCCAAUUCCCAGGAUUUCACCCCAAACCUCUCCCCCCUCCCCCUCCUGGCACUGCAGGGUGCCAAAUUUUCCCUUUUUCCCUUUUUUUUGGUUUCUUUGGGAAUUUUGGGGCUUUUUUCCCUUUUUUUUUUUUUUGAGGGAUUUUUCCCCACUUUGAUUUUUUUUCCAUUUCCCCAUUUUUCCCCCCUCCCCCUCAGGAUGCUCCCGGCCCCUCCCCCACCCCCACGAGGCCUUACCCCUCCCCCACCCCCAAAUUGGGGCAGAAUCCCCGAAUUUGGGGAUUCCCCCCCCCCUCCCCUGCUGGCCCCAAAUGGGGCCAAACUCCCCAAUUUUGGGGUUUUCCCCCGGCUCCCCUCCCCCCCCAGGGUUGGUUUGGGGACUGGGGGUGGGGGAGGGGUUGAGUUGGAUUUUUUGGGGGGGAAAAAAAUCCCCUUUUGGCCCCAAAACGCCGCUGGGGGCAGGGGAGGGGUUUGGGGCUGUGGGACCCCCCCCCAAAAUUGCCCCAAAUUGCCCCAAAUUGCCCCAAAUCCCAAAUCUUCCCCUCCCCCGGGUCCCGUGGACUGAAUGUGCCUGUUUUUCUAAAAAACACAAAAAUAAAUGGACUUGAAAGCACCUACCUCCGAGUGCCCCUCCCCCCCUGCACCCCCAGACCCCCCUGCACCCCCCGAGGGGAGCCCCCGGGAUGGGCCCCGAAAAUGGCCAAAAUAACCCCAAAAAAUGGGGUAAAAUAACCUCCAAAAAUGGGUAAAAUAACCCAAAAACGGGCAAAAUAAUCUCCAAAAAUGGCCAAAAUAACCCCAAAAAAUGGGGCAAAAUAACCCAAAAUUGGGCAAAAUAACCCCAAAAAUGGCAAAAUAACCCCAAAUUGGGUAAAAUGACCCAAAAAAUUGGCAGAAUAACCCAAAAAUGGGUAAAAUGACCCAAAAUUGGGUAAAAUAACCCAAAAUUGGGUAAAAUAACCCAAAAUUGGGCAGAAUAACCCAAAAAUGGGCAAAAUAACCCCAAAAAAUGGGUAAAAUGACCCAAAAAUGGGCAAAAUAACCCAAAAUUGGGCAAAAUAACCCAGAAUUGGGUAAAAUAACCCCAAAAAUGGGCAAAAUAACCCCAAAAAAUGGGCAAAAUAACCCCCAAAAAUGGGUAAAAUAACCCAAAAUUGGGCAAAAUAACCCCAAAAUUGGGUAAAAUAACCCCAAAUUGGUAAAUAACCCAAAAAUGGCCAAAAUAACCCCAAAAUGGGUAAAAUAACCCCCCAUGAUGACCAAAGUAAUGCACCAAAUGAAAUCAUCCCACAAUGACAGAAAUUGCCCAAAGUUUGACCAAAAUGGCCCCAAAAUGACCAAAGCAGCCCCAGAUUUACUGAACUUGUGCUGAAAUAGCCCCAGAAUUGACCAGAUCGCCCCAUAAAUGGCUGAAGGGAUCCAAAAUUCUACAGAAAGCCAAAAAAAGAGACCAAAAUUGCCCUAAAGCACCAAAAUGCACCCAAAAAUAACCCCCGGGUGACUCCAAUAGCCCCAAACUUGACCAAAACAACCCAAAAUGACCCAAAGGGCCCAAAAAUAACCCGAUAACCCCAAAGUGCUGAAAGCACCCCCCAAAACUAUUUUUAAAAUCCAAAAUAUCCGGAAAUAAACUCCAAAUUGACCGAAGUAACCUCCAAGAAUCGUGGAAAUCACCCCAAAAUCACCAAAAUCCCCCAAAAAUGGCCAAAAUGACCCCAAACCCAGCGAGAAAUUGCCCCAGAUCCCUGAGACCCCCCCAGGAUUCCGGAUCCGAGGCCUCAUCCCGGUGGUUUCUCUCCCCCCUGUCCCCAGCACGGUUUUGGGGGAAUCGGCGGCGUUUUGGUUCAAAUUGGGAUUUUUCCCCCCGUUUUCGUGCCCUGCCGGGGGUGGGGACACGGAAAUGUCCCAAAACCGGGGGGAUUCACCCCAAAGCGCCCUGGGCGAAGCUUCCCAGUUGUGUCUUAGCCAGGAACGAGCGAAACGACACCAAAACGGCCCAAAAUGGCCCAAAAUGGCCCAAAAUGGCCCAAAAUGGCUGAAAAUGGCUCAUUUUUCAUAAUAAAAACAGCAAAAAAUGGA